GUGCACAUGCGUCCUGAAUCACUUCCGCUUUGACCGGAUGUCGGCAUUCCAGUUUCCGGUUUAAUUCCUGUAUCCUGUCAUCCCAGAGAUAAACAACUAAAAUGAGUGUUGCUGCGUCAAAUAAACAAAAAUAUAACGUGCGUGGCAGCUUUAGAUUUCAGCCGACGGUGUUUGGGUCUAAGGAGCACUGUUGUGUGCCGCUUUGCUCGUCUUCAGGUCGCUAUAAUAGCCGUUUGAGCUUUCACCGUUUCCCUAAGGAGACAAGCCUUCGUUUGUGCUGGCUGCAAAAAAUCAGAAGAGAGGGAUUUACGGUAACUCCUCACACCAAGGUAUGUAGCCGACAUUUCCUGGAGAAUGAAGUAAUUACUACAGAAAAGGGAAGACGAAUUUUAGCAGCUGGGUCCGUUCCAUCAUUAUUUGAGUGGAACAAAUACAGCAGGAAGACACGAGCAGGUGUUUGGGAGCGCCGUUGUCGACCAUCUAAUCCAGAACCUGAUUCGGCGGAUCCAAUUGAGGACAAUGAACCACCCGUCAUGGUACCUAUGGUCGUGGACCAUGACUACGGCGCCAGCAGAACCGUGUGUGUUGACCGGGAGCAAUAUCACAGCAUGCUGAGAGAAAUUGAGCAACUGAAAGAGCAGCUCCGAUCCUGUAGUCUUCAAAAGCCGUUUGGACUGAAACGUUUUUCUACGUCACCAGAAGACAUCAGAUUUUACACCAGGUUCCCCUCAUAUGAGCAUCUGAAGGCGUUUUGGAACUUGAUCGAGGCAGCAACAGCCAAAAUGGUCAGGGUCACCAGAGCAAAGAAAACCGACGUCAUGAGUACAACAACUGAAACCCCUUUUACCAGACCAACUAAACUGCUGCCAAUAGAUGAGCUUUUUCUUUUCCUCUCCUACCUGUCUACUGGAUGUACCCAGAGGGAACUGGGCCAUCGAUUUAACAUCCACAGAGCAACAGUCAGCCGCAUUAUUGUGACAUGGGCCAACUUCCUGUACUGCUUAUUGGGCUCAAUUUGUGUGUGGAUGUCUCCUGCAGCUGUGAGUUCCAGUCUUCCACAGGAUUUUGAUGGCCGCUACAGUGACACACAAGUUAUCCUGGACUGUACAGAACUACGGUGUCAAACACCUUCAUCCCAAAAUGGACCUUUG